UUUAAAGUCAUAUACAAAUAAUAUGUUAUGUAUUACUUAGAUCAUUAAUUUACCUUUAGCUUUUUCCUAAAUUCUUAAACUAUAUUGGAAAAAAAAAUUAUUUUGAGGAAUAAAAUUGAACAAAUAGUUUAAGAAAAGAAAAAACUAGGGGAACAGAUUGUGGUCCAUUUAGCAAACAACACCAAAAUCAUCAAGCGGGUCGGGUACAGCCAAUAGAGAAGAGACCACCGGAGCAGAAAAACUUCAGUUUGCCGGCGAUCGUCAGUCGGAGGACCGCACAGAUUCUUCCUGUCGUUAGAUACUUUGAACAUCCUAUUUUAUCUCACUUGAUGUCUCGGAAGCGCAAUGUCAUUGUUGCCACAGGCUUGCUAGUGUUUGCAUCUGCUGGCUUAUCCUUUCCGUUUUACAUGGCGUCAAGAUCAUCAAGGGCAACUCCAGUCAUCGAUUCAUCAAAGCCAUUGCCACCCCAGGCGACCUUUCGUGGCCCUUACAUCAACACAGGAUCGCGUGAUAUUGGACCUGAUCAUCAAACAUACCCUAAGAAAUAACUUGUUGGUUAGAAAUUAGUUUGCCAGUUAUUGAAGUCACUUUAGAUUUCCCCUUUCUAUUUAAUGAAAAGAGAUAAUAAUGAGAGUUUGUUGAAACUGCGUUACCCUCAGGAGAAAUUAGCAUGUUUGAGAGUGAUCAAGGAGUGCCCUAGCUGGCCUGGAUACCAUUGUUAUUGAAACUGUGUUAAAUGUUUGGGAGCGUUCUAUCUGGCUUGGACACUACUGUUAUAAGAAAAUGGCAUGUUCUUUCAGACAUAUAGCUGUGAUGUUGUUUUAUCAGUGAAUUUUUUGUUCAGAAACAACUAUAUGUAAUAUGCUGCAUGGCGGCGGAAUUAACAUUUUUACUAAGAGGUAUGGAAAUGAGGGUAAAAAGAAAGGAAAAAUUGAUU